CCAACCAUCGGCCACUCACUAAAUUGGGGUCCGUUGGACCUCGCAAAUUGUCAUUGCUACCAUCGAGCACACAUUCCGUGGGAAUGCAAAUUGCCAUCGAGCUCACAAUCCAUCACUUCUUCUCUUGGGUCAUCUGAAUCGAAUCAGCAAUGGUUGCCAUCCCCGUCUUGUUUGCCUGUAUCUUUGUUACUGUGAUUCUUGUGGCUCUAGUCUGCAUCUGUCGGGCCAAGGCGUACGAGAACAAGGGAAACAAAGAGGCAGAGGAAGACGGCCUUCGCCGGGUCUAUGCUGGACGAGAUUGGUGCGGUAGCAGACGUGAUUUGGAGGCCGAUGACGGCAGUGAUGAAGAUGAGAAAGUGAAGCCAGAAGAAGAGAAAGGAUCCAAUUGAGCUUUGCUGGGAACUGACCGAUGAAGGCGGCAAUCGUGGAUAUCCUUCUACACAUCACACAUCAGCCGCCGAUAAUGGCCCGUCGUUAUCCCCGAAAGGCACUGUGCAUGGGGACGGUCCAAGAAAGCCAUUUCAUCGUGGUCGAAGGUACCAGUUCGCAAAUCUGAAACUUGGGAUGGGAGGGAGCAAGUAUUGCUUCGCGCAGACACACGAUACCAGUACGCAAGAAUAGGCUACAAAUCGCCAACUUCCUCCUCAGUUGCAAUGUACCGAAUUCUCAUGAGAUACUAGCUAGAAAUCCUGCAUCAGUAUCUUUAGGACGAUAGAAAUAAUCAACAGUUGCCGCUCUCGUUCGCCAGCACAUUUACCAAUUCAGUUAGGUGGCAACAAGACUCUCGUGUUAGAGCUGGCAGAGUGCUGGACACAGAUCAGUGGAUUCAAUCGUAGAAAAUAGUACACAAAGCUGAGGGCAUUGUAAUGGUCGUUUUCCCUUUCCCUCCCAACAGCCACCAAUUUGUCCAACCAUUCCUCGUCUGACACAAAGUUUCCC